AUGAUUGCCCUCAUCCUUGCCGUGGCCCUCGCCACAAGCCUUCCACGCGGGAGCCAAAGCGCUGGCGUCGAUGGCACCGUCCAUGACCCCAACGUCUGGUCGGCCAGCUCUGCCAUCGCACCUGUCAACAUGGUCUACGGACACACGACUCAGGAGCAGCUCGUUCAGCUCCUCACGCGCGUGCACGCUGACUAUCCCGAUUCCACUGAACUCUUCUCCAUUGGGCAAAGCGCGAAUGGCAUUGACAUGAAGGGCAUCCGAAUCUCCUCAAACAUCAAGAAUGUGCCUCCCAGCCGUCCCAAAAUGAAAUGGGUUGGCAACAUGCACGGCAACGAAGUUGUCGGUCGCGAAAUCCUUAUCAACCUCAUUCAGUACUUGCUCGAAGGCUACGACGCGGAUCCACGCUGCAAGUAUCUGGUUGAUACUGUCGAUAUGUACAUCCUGCCCACCAUGAACCCAGACGGCUAUGCAGCCGCCACACCAUACAUGUGUGGUGAGCGUGGCGGCCGCAACAAUGGCAAGAACGUCGACCUUAAUCGCAACUUUCCUGAUCAGUUUGAAGGCAUGCCCUACUAUCCCAUCCAACCCGAAACUCAGCUCAUGAUGGACUGGAUCAAAUCCCUGCCGUUUGUUCUUUCGUCCAACCUUCAUGGCGGCUCUGUCGUCGCCAGUUACCCCUUUGACUCGUCGCGAUCUGGCAGCAGCGUCUAUUCUCAAGCUCCUGACGACGCCGUCUUUCGAACCUUGGCACUGACCUACAGCAAGAACCACGCUUUCAUGGGCAACAACAAGCCUCCCUGCUCAAGUUAUGCCUGGGAGAAGUUUAAGGACGGCAUCACCAAUGGUGCCGACUGGUACAACGUGCCUGGAGGCAUGCAAGACUGGAAUUACCUUCAUAGCAAUUGCUUUGAAACCACCAUCGAACUCUCCUGCUGCAAAUACCCCGCAGCCACGGAGAUGGAGGGGGAGUGGAACAACAACCGCAACUCCCUUCUGGCUUACACGUCCAUGGUUCAUAUGGGCAUUGCGGGUGUUGUCACCGACAAACUGGGCAACCCCGUCGCCGAUGCAUCGAUUCAGGUGGACGGCAUCGACCACGACAUUGCCAGCACCGUCACAGGUCACUACUGGCGUCUCCUUGUGCCUGGUACUUACACCGUCAAUGUCGUGGCGGAGGGCUACGAAACAGCCAGCCAAAGUGUGGUCGUGCCCGAGUUGGCCACCCCACCGCAGGCCGUCACCCUAGACUUCAAGCUCAAGGCCGAGGGCGAAACGGGAGGCCACACCGCAGCCGACCUGACGGCGGUUUUGACUGAUCUCAAGUCCACCUCAACCGUCAAUGUGCAGCUCCAAUCUGUGGGAACAUCUGUGCAAGGCACACCCAUUCCUGGCGUCGUUUUGAGCGGCAAAAACAGUCGUCGUCACCCUCAAGCUACACCAAAGGCUCUUCUUGUGGGUGGCAUCCAUGCCAACGAGGCGUCGGGCACCGAGCUUCUUUUACGUCUUUUGGACGACAUGACCACUUCAUCUGAUUUUGCCGCCAUCCUCAACGAGGUCGAGGUGCAUGUGAUUCCGCGCCUCAACAUGGACGGGCACGCUUCGGCUCGUUACGGCGAUUGUUAUUCCGAGGAGGGCUCGCUCAACGCCUUGGACGUGGACAUUCAAGAUAGCUUCUCCAGCUCAUCUCAGGUCGCGGAGGCCGUGGCAUUGAUGGACUACGUGCAACAGCAGGGCAACUUCACGAUUGCAGCCAACUUUCGUGGCGGUGCCCUUGGCAUUGCUUAUCCCUUUGCUCGUGCGCCCAAGGGUUUGAGCCAAAGCGAUAAGACGAACCCAGCCACACCGGAAGGUCUCUACUCGGCUCUGGCCUCGCUUUAUGCCACCAAUCAUGGCAGUUCAAAGUAUCCGUCCAUGAGUCAGGGCCAGCCGUGCUCAAAGACGGACCCUUUGUCUCGAUUUGACGAGGUGGAUGAGCGUGAAGCGUCCAUCCAGGGGUUCACCAAUGGCUAUACGAACAGUUUUGCGCGCAUCGCGGACAAUGUUCUUGAGCACGGCUGGGUUGCCCCGUCAGCCGACUUUGGCGAUUGGAUGCACGAAGCGGCUGGUGCCAUGUAUCUAGACAUUUACACGCACUGCUGCCUCUACCCAGAGGACAGUGAAUUGGAUGAUCUGUAUGCUGCACAUCGCUCUGCUCUGCUGCAGACGAUCGGCGCCGCAGCCCAAGAAGCCCAAGUGGCUAUCACGGCUGGAACUCAAGCCCUACCCAAUUCGGUCAACGCAUACAUUACGCGCGUGGCCGCUGGCAGUGCCAACGUGGUAUCCCUGAAUAUCAAGCUGAACAAAGAUGGCGUUUGGCGCCACUGGUUGACCCCGGGCGAAUAUCGUGUGGUGGUGACCGAGUUCAAGCUGAAUGACAGUCUUUACCAGGAGACAUCCGAAUCAAUUCACGUGGUGGCUGGAAUGCCCGUUGAAGUACACAUGGAUGUCAAGCCCAUGGCAGCCCCGGUCACAACACCAUCCAUGGCGACAUCCACUGUGCUUGAUACCACAUCCACAGUUUUCAUUUCCACUGCCCCCACUGUCUCGACGUCUUCAACCUCACCGACGGCCACCGCCAUUUCAACGACGACGACGACCACCACCACCACGACGACAACAACCACUACGACAACAACAACCACGACAACAACCACUACGACAACAACAACCACGACGACGACGACGACAACCACGACGACAAGUCAGCCUGAUUCGUGCAGCCUGCCCGAGCUGACCGAUUACAUGUCAUACGAGGAUAUGACCCUUUUCCUGAAAAACGUCGAAAAACACUUUUCCAGCCACGCUUCUCUCGAGUCGAUCGGCACGAGCGUCUCGGGGCGAGACAUUUGGAGUGUUGAGGUUUAUGCCGGCAGCCGGACUGAGCAAUCCAGCAAGCCGACCGUGCAUGUAUCUGCUGGCAUUCACGGUUCGCAGCUCUAUGGUACCUACUUGGUGCUGCGCUCUCUACGCGAUACGCUGUGUGCUACGACCAGCACACCUGCGGUCCAGACGUUUUUGGAAGAAACGGUGGUUUGGUUUACACCUUGUCUCAGCCCAGAUGGUUGCGAUGCCGUCUACAGUCGCUACAAAGCCGAGGGCACGACACCAGACUGCUUCAGUUUGGAUGAGAUGCCUGGUCACCUCAACGCGCACGGUGUAAACCUCAACAGCAACUUUCCAAGCGCUUGGAGUGGUGCACCUCAAGUGAACCCCGAGCCAGAAACGAAGGCCUUCAUGUCAUUUGCCGCCCGAGAAAACUUUGCUCUGUCUCUUGAUGUCCAGUCGGCUGAACUCUUCAUUUACUAUCCCUACGACUACAAGCUGAAAGCGUCGGAUGCUGCCAACGCUUGCCCGGAUGCGCCCGUUCUCAAGGCCAUUGCCUCGCAUUAUGCCGGCCUGGUGCCUGAGCUUUUGGGGAGCUGCUCCCUCUUGGAUGGCAUUAAGAGUGGCGUGACCGUGGGCAAUGGCGCAGAAUGGUACAGCGUCAGCAACUCGAUGCAGGACUGGCUUUUUGAUGCGACAAAUGCACAUCCUCUGACUAUCGAAGCAUCAUGCUGCCCCAUGCCUCGCAUCAACCUUGCAAGCACACAAGCUGCCACCGCCCAUCACGUGGCUGCGCUCAGGGCUACCAUGAUGCGGGUCAACUCGGGUAUCAAGGGUCAGGUGCUGGACGCCGAGACCCAGACACCCAUUGCUAACUGCAGCGUGGCAGUGUCCGGCAAUUCGCGAGUUGUACACACGGAUGAAAAUGGAUACUUUUGGCGUCUCGUACCAACAGGCAACUUUCGUGUGUACUACAUGUGUGAUGGUUACGUGCGCGCUAAUCAAACCGUCGCGGGGACUAGCAUCCAGCCAGACAGCGUGAUACAGGCGUCGAUGCAGCUGGCGCGCGGAGCAGACUGGGACAGUGUGUAUGGCAAUGACGGGAAGUCGGGCGCGCCAGCUGUCUGGCUCUACGCUUUUGUGGCGGUCGUUGGCGUGGCGCUAAUGUUUGGUAUUUACAAGGGCGCGCGGCAUUUGCGGGCCAAGCGCCAGCUUUAUGAUCUGUUGAACGAUCAGCAGUUUGAACAGUUGCGUCGCAGCUGUGAGAGAGUGCGUGUGUGCGUGUGUGUGCUCAUGGAGCUUCCUCGUCCUCCGAGCACGGCGUAUAUAUAUGUGUGUGUGUGUGUGUGUGUGUGUGUGUGUGUGUGUGUGUGUGUGUGUGUGUGUGUUGGAUCCGAGUCGCACUUUGCGCCAGGAGAAGGGGGUACAUGUCUCUUCGUGAGCCGACACAAUGCUCUUGCUCGCUUGAGCAACUGGAUUGACUUUACCCUCUCCAAGUUCUUCUACAAGCUGGGCCAUGUCAUUGCCCGACACCCAUGGCUCUUUGUCGUCAUUCCCUUCCUAUUUAUGUUUGGGUUUUUUAUUCGCAUCAUGGCUGCCAGUGUGGAUGUUGAAACGGACCCCGAGGAUCUGUACACGCCUCAGGAUUCCGAGGCCUUUCGACAACGCAUCGUCGUUGAAGAGUUUUUCGGCUUUCCCAACGCGACCAACCGUCUCUUUUUUCAACGACGUGACGGUGCCGCCGUCCUUAGCGAUCAGUAUACCAAUGCCGUGAAUCAGGCCGCGCUCAUCGCUUUGAGCAAUGUGGUCGCAACGCUCUACAGCACUGUCAAAAACGACUACACACUGGCUGAGAAUUGCGUGCGCAUCUUUGUGGCCGAUGACAACACAACGAAGAGUCCUUGCGACUUUUCCUCCUUUCUCAAUGUUUACGGCUCACCCGAAGACCUCGACGGCUUGCGCACCGCCAUUGAGGCCGACACGGCCGUCAUGAGCACGCUGCAGAUUGCCCUGGACAACAACGCCAUUACCAGCACCAUUGGCAAAACGCUCACUCUCUUUGACCUGGCAUAUUCAGAAACACCCACCCUCACCAGCUCCCCUAUCCUGGUCAUGGAGUUUGGGCUGAUCAAUCGCGAAAAGCGCGUUGAUGGUGAUCUAGAAGAAGAUGACGAGCGAAAGGACUGGGAUGUCGCUGCUGCCAAAAACGUGCGGGGUAUAGAUGAGGGCGAGUUUAGAAGCACGCCAUUAUUCAGUGGUGAUGUCAGUACUGCUUCUGACAAUGCCAUUGACGAGGAUGUGGGCUUGCUUGCGCCGGGAUACAUCUUGCUGCUAGCUUAUUCGGCCUACGUACUAUGGCGUCCCAAUUGGGUUCGCAGCUACGCCUCAAUGGCCAUUAUAUCCCUUGCGGCCGUCGGGUUGUCCAUUAUGGGCAUGUAUGGCUUUGGUGUACUUGUGGGUAUUCAGUAUACGCUGACGGUGCAAGCUGCCUUCUUUCUAGUGCUAGGUCUUGGCGCCGACGAUACGUUUGUCAUCAUGGGUGCUCAUCGUGACAUGCCACCCUCCUUGGAUGCAAGCGAGCACGUGGCCCGGGCUUUAGCUCGCGCAGGCGUGAGCAUCACCAUCACGUCGUUGACCGAUAUCAUCGCCUUUGCCUCCGGCACGAUGACGGCAUUGCCUGCCAUUGAGUACUUUUGCGUGUAUGCGGCAUUUGGCGUGCUCUUUGACUUUAUCACGCAGUGCACCGUUUUUGUGGCCUUUUUGUACUGGAACACCAAGCGAGAACAAAACGGCCGCGCCGACUUUCUUAGCUUUUGGAAGCCCUCUCACCCCGAACGUCACUGUUUGAAGAAAAAGGACUUUGAUCCUCAGCAACUCUGCCUUCUGGAUCGCAUCAUGGGCGAAUACUUGCCCAAUGUUAUCUUGCAUCCGAUUGGCAAAGCAUGCGUCAUGGCUCUUGCCGUGGGCUUGCUUGCUUCAUCUGCUUGGGCAGCUACACAGACAAAGUCGCGCUUUAAUGUCGAGUGGUUUGUGCCCGACUCGGCCGCUGUCAAAGAUGCCCUGAGCAUUCAAAAUGACUUCUUCAACGGAUCUCCAGUCCUGACUGCAUUUUACACGGGUGGCAUACAGGACGGACAAGUCCUCGUCGACUACACGACAGUUGAGGUUCAGGCGUCCAUGGAUGCCUUGCUGUCGGACACUUUGGCACUGGACCAAAUUCGCGAUUGCGAUAGCGCCUGGUGGCUUUCCUUUCGAGCCUUUUUUGAAGACGACGCCAACGUUGCCCCGGCUGAUCGCGUGACUGUUGAUGGCGUUGAGUACUUGGCAGAAACAGCCUUUUAUCCAGCCUUGGAAGACUUUUUGGCUACGGAUGGCUCGCGCUUCGUGUCUGUGAUCAAGCGUGAGACUAGCGCACCCAAUCGCAUCGUAAUCUCGAGUCUGCGUUGUUACUUUAACAAUCUUUUCAAGGGCGAUAAUCAGGUGGCGGGAAUGAACAACGUGCGUGAUAUUGCCGUGAGCUAUCCACAGUUGGGCGGCAAUGUCUACGCAACCAACCGGGGUGACGCCGAACUGCCUUUUGCCUACUCCUUCCAAUUUCUGUUCUACGAUGGUCUGGCCGUCAUUCAAGAGGAGACACUCCGUAACAUUUUGAUCGCUGGUGUUGCUGUUGCCGUGGUCACGCUCCUGCUACUGGCCAACGUAAUGGCCUCACUGUGUGUCCUUAUUAUGUUGGCCAUGGUCGACGUGAACGUCUUGGGAUUCAUG